CGUCGGCCCGCCUUUUUCCUUCUUAUUUUCCGCCUUGCAAAUAUAAAAAGUAAAAUUAGGCCAAAAUAGCCGCCGAAAAUUCUAUAAGCAAAUUCUCUAGGAUUUUUAUUAAUUAUUUUUAAAAAUUUUGAACCUUGAUCGACAUGGAUUCGAAAUCGGAGCGGAGCGCUGUAUUGGCGAUUACGGAUGAUACAAGUUACGCUGUUACUGCUUUAAAUGCAUAUUGGGAGUUUGAGAAUGAAAACCCCAAACGCUUCGACCCUCUAAUUAUCUUGCAAGCUUCUUCUUUAGCUCGGUUGCCGCUCGAAUCAUACAAUGUAGACUUGGUCAUUUACAUCUCUAGGUCAGUUGAAUUUCCUUUUGAUGAGCUGUAUGCUGAAAUCUUUAGAGUUUUGGUACCUGGUGGAUCGUUGGUGGUUUAUGGGUUGCAGUCCGGUACAAAGGAGGCUGAUACGGCAAUGUCUGCUAUCGAGCACAAGUUACUAUUGGCAGGAUUUUUAGACGGAAAGCGUUUUCACCUAAAAUCAGUUGCUCAGUCUUUUGGGGUUAAGGCUAAGAAGCCAUCUUGGAAGCUUGGAUCUUCUUUUGCUAUUAAAAAGAAGACCGUGAAAAACCCAUUGAAAAUUCAGAUGGAUGACAAUUCAGAUCUCAUUGAUGAAGAUUCGCUCUUAACUGAAGAGGAUUUGAAGAAACCGCAAUUACCACCUGUUGGUGAUUGUGAAGUAGGAAGCACAAGGAAAGCCUGCAAGAACUGCACGUGCGGAAGGGCCGAACAGGAGGAGAAAGUGCAGAAGCUGGAACUGACUAUGGAUCAAAUAAACAACCCUCAAUCAGCUUGUGGCAAUUGCGGACUAGGUGACGCAUUUCGUUGCAGUACAUGCCCGUAUAAGGGUGUUCCACCAUUCAAGCUUGGCGAGAAGGUAUCUCUAUCAGGUAACUUUCUUGCGGCCGACAUUUGAACUCGAAACAGAUGGUUCUUUUGGCCAAAAUUUUAGGUUUUUAGAUACAUUAAAACAGGUUUGUCGAGUUCUUUUUAUUGCAUUUUAUCCAUCAUUUGCAGAUCUUUAGUUUACUAAUUCGGUUCCAAAAUCUAGAUGUAUGUAAGCGUUCAUUUCGACUACUUCUAAACUGCUACAAUAUAUGUAUUUUGCCAAUAAAAAAGUACUGUUUCUUUUAA